UCCAAUCUUCGUUAAAUCGCGACGCACUACUUCGGUAUAUCGUGUAGUACGGUAUAAAGAUGUAAACUUAUGUGUCGAAGAAUUUCAUUAUCGUGAUAUUACAAUAAGUAUCUUUUUUUUAUCGUUUCACUUCGUAAUUCGUUUGUUUAAAAAAAAAUGUUAAACAAUGGAGGGAUCCGAUUGGUCGUUGGAUGUCAAUGAGUCUAAAAAUGAUAACGACAAUAAUUGGUCGACGUUUAAUUUGGCCAGUGAUAAUCAAUUGGAACGUGCAAAAAAUAAUAAAGUUGAUAAUCCGUCAAGAUCAACAUUUUUCAAUAAUAACGUUCGAUCGUUUGGCGAUUAUGUUGAAAAACACGAUUGGGUGGAAUGCAAAUCCAAAAGUAUUCCAGGUAAAACGUAUUAUUUUCAUUUAAGAAGUGGUUGUAGCACCUGGUAUAGACCGAUAUCACGUUACAUUGAUAUUCCAUAUUAUCCAGAAAGGGUGACUUUAAACAAAGUGCAAUGUUAUCUCUCGAGUCCAUCGUUACUGGUAUCGGAUCAAUGAUGACUGUAACUUCGACGAGGUAUCAUCAUCGAUUAAAUUAAAGAAAGAAAAUGGUUAUGAAAGAUGGAUACUCGAGCGAUU